AUAGGGUGUGUCCAUCAGUGCGCCCCCUUACAUUAGGUGUCACCAUCAGAGUGCAACUUUACAUCAUGUAUUCCCAUCACAUCAGGUGUGCCCAUCAGAAUGCUUCUUUACAUCAGUUGUCCCCAUCAGAGUGCCCCUUUACAUAAGAUAUUCCUGUCAGAUACCCCUUUCUAUCAUACUUCCCCAUCAGAGUGCCCCUUUACAUCAUAUUCCCUAUAAGAGGGACCCUUUCCAUCACAUGUGCCCAUCACAGUGUCCCUUUCCACAGUAUGUGCCCAUUUGUGCCCCCUUAAA